GGGCUGUCUGUGAGAAAGACGGCGCACAUCGCUGCUGCUUUCGCCAGAGAUGGUGUCAGAGGCCGCUCUAUCACGCAGCUGGCUGCAUCAGGCAGAGAGCGCGACUUUUUUCGAUGGGUACGAUCGCCUGUAGAACCUUACAACACAGAGGUUCCGAUUAUGGCCACUGUGGGGCUGGACAAAAAGAUCGUGACAGCUGAGGUGGGGUUUGUACUUCCGUCGGAUAUGCUUGCAGCGAUGUAUUGCAAAGGCGAGGAGGUUAUGAGACAAUGCAUCCUUGGCGCAGACGGUGCUGCAGGCAUUGCCUCCUACUGGGCGAAGGAAGACCCGAGCUUUCUUCGGGAACUCGACCUGUCGCACGACGAAGCGCUCCACACAAUCCCGAUGGGUUUCCAUGUGGAUGGGGUGCCGAAAUGGCAUGAUGAGAGCGCAUCGUUCUGGUCGUGGAUGACGCCUAUGACGACAGCGAGCAGCUUGGUGACUCGCCACUGCGUUGUUGGCAUUUCCACGAGCAAAGUGUGCGUUGAAACGCGGCGUGCUGUGCUCGACAUCAUUGCGUGGGAUUUGCAAUCGCUCAGGACAGGUGUCUGGCCAGUAGCUGACCACUUGGGCCGGGAGUUCGCGGCUGGCAGCUCUCGAGCGCGCCGGGCCGGCACGCGCAUCGCUGGACCUUGGACAGCUUGCUUUGCGUUCUGGAAAGGCGAUCAGGAGGCGGCGGUGGAUGAGCACCUUAUCAAGAAUCAUUAUCGAUGCAACUUCGUUUGUGACUUUUGCUACGCCUCAAAGGUGCACAUGUACCUUUCCUACGGAGAUCUAACAGAAAGCCCCAAUUGGCUGGACACUAUGUGCGUUGAUGACGCUGACCCUAGUCCCUGGCGCAAGGUGGCGGGGUACUCCAGGAGGCGCAGGCUGUGGGACGGAGACAGAUCCAUGACUAUGUUGGCCUUGGCCGCGGAGUGGACCCUGACGAAGCCCUGCACAGGGUAA